AAGAAUUUCAACACAAAAUUUUAAUAUUUUAUGAAUAUAUUUGUAUAAAAAACUUAUACUUUUGUUAAUUAAUUACUAUUAAUAGUAAAGAUGAGUGAAAAGAGUUCACAAAAAUCGGAUUCACCCAAAGAGUCGCCCAAAAAGGAGAGAACAGAUUCGGCGACAGAAUCUCCGAAAAGUCAAACACCAGUGAGAGCUCCGUUUGAGAGGAGAAGGGGUUCACUCCUUCCGCCCGACAGUAAUAUAUUAAUACCGAAGCGAUCGUCGAGAAGCGGAAGAAGAGGAUCCCAGGCCUUCGUUUUGGGCGACGACACCAUUGUUAUGGCAUUUGAUAGCCGAAGACUUUCCUCUUUUUGUACGACUUCUUCCAAUGAAGAGACCGCUAUUUCUAUGGGCGACGAUCCGUUCACCGAAGAGGAAAUCUCCGAAACAAUUAGAGCUCAUAAACAGAUAAUAUCGACAAUGAAGUCACAGCACUGGCCAAUGCAUCGCAAAUUAAAAGUUCUGAGUCGAGCCAAACAUUACAUCAAAAGACAUGAAGUAGAGCUGAAGCAAAGCAAACAGGCGAAGGAUAUGGUCGCCAAUUACAGAGUCUAUGUCGACCGCAUAUUACGAGGAGAUCCCGACUCGACUGGUAUGAGGAAAGAAGUUAAGGAUAAAGAAGAAGGCCUUAAACUUCAGGCCAUCUGGGAUUUUGAGGGUUAUCUCAAAUAUUCGCCCAUUUUUUAUGGCUAUUACAGCAAAAGUGAAAUGACUUCUGAAGGUUAUCGACUACCUCUGGCCUAUUUUCUCACCUCAUUCUGUCUCUAUAUGUUCAGCUUUUUCUGUGUUCUCCGAAAAAUGGCACAAAACGCGCGGAUGAGUCGCAUCUCUUCAAAGGACGACGAAUCGACUUUUUGCUGGGAUUACAUGAUAGGCAACAGUGAAACUGCUUAUAAUAAAGUCGCUUCACUUGUAAUGGGAUUUAAAGAAUCCAUUCUUGAAGAGAAAGAGCGCAAAAAAGACGAAAGAAAUUGGAAACGAAUCGCUUUGAGAGUAUUGGCGAACAUAUUGGUUUUGAUGCUAUUGGCCUCAUCCAUAUAUGGAGUGGUUCUCGUUGUGGAGCGCUCUCAGGAGCCCAUAGAGAACCCCUCGUGGCUCAGGGCUAAUGAGGUGACACUUGUCGUCGCCGGCAUUGGAAUUGUUUUCCCCAAUAUAUUUGAUUUGAUUGGAAAUAUGGAGGCAUACCAUCCGGCGGUCACUCUUCGGUGGCAGUUAGGCANUGGGAAUACAGCGCCCGGAGAUGUGAGAUAAUCGACCACUUUAUUGAUGGUAUCCGGGAGUUUGGAUUCAACAUAAUUGGUCAGAAUGUUAUAGAUUCUGUUGUAACCGCUAAAAUACAAACCAAUUCAUUGUUAAUAUUAAUAAAAAUGAUAUGAUUAUUACCUGAAUGGUCCGCAAUGCCAACUCGGCUCCAACCAAACCACUGCAUAGCCGACCGGUAGAGUGCAUACAAAUAGCAUUAACAACAAUAAACCGAAAUAAAAAUUAUU